UCAAAGCCCAUGCCCUCCAAGUACGGCAAUGGGCAGCAUGGUAACUACAGGCGUAACUACAGCACUCCGCGCUUCGCCAUGGCGGAGCCGCACCGUCGGUUCGCCAGCACUCCGUCCUCCCCGGACAACGAGCCGUUCUUCGCCAGCAAUCUGAGGUACUACCCCCACCUGCCCCAGCCCCUGUGGGUGGGCCACUACCAGACCUAUUCCGAGAUCAAGGAGUUCAUGUCGAAGGGUAAACACUCGAAGUUUGGUCAGCAUGGUCAGCAGGCUCAGCAGGGUCCGCAGGGUCAGCAGGGUGGUCGUUUCAUCAGCCGUGGCAGUUUCUAUGGGCCACAGAAAGCGGGUCCAAGUCGCCGCCAGUUGACGGCCCGUGAAGAGCCCACUGAGCCUCCCAUUCGCCGCUUCCAGAAGAAGAAGACCCCCGAGGUCAACUAUGAGCCGGCGAGCCAGGCCCCCAAUCGCCGCUACUCGGUGACCCGCAAGAACGGCGGCCACAACGGGAUGGCCCUGGCCAAUCUCAUCCUCAGCGCGAGCAGCCACCUGCUGCGCCAGCCUUAUCCGGAGAUCCAGCGCCAGAUCCACAAGCCGCUGAAGAAGCCGGUGCAGGAUCCCCUGCUGGCCCAGUUCAAGGCCCGCCAGGAGGAGCUGCAGCGCGGGGCCGGCGGCGACCUCUCGAACAAGCCACGUCGUCUGCAGCCCGGUUGGUGUUCCAGCUACGUGGACAGCAAGGCCAGCAAGGAUGCUCCGCUCUCCUGGAGGUCCAAUACCCAGCAGCCGGUCAAGAAGUCCGCUCCCAAGUACGCUUAA